AUGAAGGCUGUGAAGGAUUGGACAAAGACUAAGAAAGAAAAGGCAUCAUAUUUGAGAAUGGAGAACAGAAAAAUGAUGGUAAAAUGGGCCUUUGAGAAGAGAAUGAAGGCUGUGAAGGAUAAGAUGAAUGCUAAGAAAGAGAAGGCUACAAAGAGAAAGGAGAAAAGAAAUAUGAUGGCAAUAAAAGCCAUUGAGUGGUACAACUAUGAUCCAAAGUACCGCUUUUUGUACGAUCGGAUUUCUGAUCUCUUUGCCGAGCUACUUAAGGCUGAUCUUGAGCACUCGAAUACUGGGCGGACAGAAAAAAUUAGGAUCAAUGAAUCUCACUAUGUUUACAGGGUUCGGAAUCGAUUACAAAAAGAAGUUCUUGUCCCACUUCGGAAAGCCCUAGAGUUGCCAGAAAUUUACAUGAGUGCCAAUCAAUGGAACUUGCUUCAAUGUGAUCGAAUCUCAUCUGUUGCCUUGAAAACUUACAAGUGGGCAUUCUAUAAACAUGACCGUGAAAGGUUUUUGCAUUACCUUCAGAAUGUGCAGUGCUCUGAACUGCCAAAAACCACUGCCAACAAUUUACUUCCACAUGAGAUAUUAAAUCUUCUUCAAUAUGUUAAUGGUCUUGAAGUUGCUGAACGGCAAUGGAAAAGAAUGCUAGAUGCUUUCUCUAAGAAUGGCAAAUUUGUCAACUGCAUUUCAACUUUUAACAUGAAUGACUGCACACAUGGAUUCUGCUGUGGCUUUACAUUGAUGACUUCUGAACUCUGUGCAAACCCUUGGAAGGGAAAGCUCCUUAGGUAUGGUGAUAAUCCUGAGAUUGUGAGCAUCGAAGUGGAUGAUUUUGGAUCAAGGAUAAAUUUUUGUAGACUAAAUAAUGUUGUGAGCCCAAAAGGAGAUGAUAGCGAUACUAAACAAUGGAGCCUGCGGCUAUUACCAUUCUUGGAUAAAAUUUUGGAAACUGCAAUCGACUUGAAUGUGAGCAAACAGGAUAUGAUCAAAAGGGUUUUUGUGUUUGAUGGUACAGGCCUUGCUUUUAGAGAGAUUUUGCAAUAUGAAGGCUGUUGUAGCUCGUGUUUGUGGCUGGAUCAGUAA